AUGGUCAUAUGCAUUGUGUCGCGCAGGUUGUGGUGCCGAGACUGCGGCGAGGACGCCGCGGAGGACUGCGAGGACUCGGGCCACUCCGUGUGCUCCCUCCGCCAGCUGCGUUUGGAGGAAGCGGCCCCGAAGGUGCAGCGUCUGGACAAAGUGGCGACGUCGGCGCGCGAGGUGGUGAAGGCCCUGCUGGACGCCAAGGGCGUGCUGGAGGCCCAGCUGGAGCAGUGGCGCGGCAGGCUGCGGCACGUCGAGGAGGCCAAGAAGGAGCUGUGGGUGGCGGCGGACGAGGGCCGGGACCUGCAGGAGCCUACACUGGAGGAGGGCCUGGAACAGCUGCUGCAGGACGCCACCACUCUCCUCCAGGCCAAGUGCCAGCUGCAAGUGGACUCGCCCAGCUCUACCUGGAAGGGCGAACUGCAGGUGGCGGCUCCAGGCUCCAAACGCACUUUACUUGGCCCACUGGUGCUGCAGCUACACCAGGACAGGAGCCUUGUCAAGGUGUUCCGCUCUGAAGAAUGCAUGAAUCUGUCGGGGCUAAGCAAGCAAAAGGAGCACACUCAAGAGCUGGAUGAAACCCUGCAGAACCCAGGCCUGGACAAGGUGAGGAAGCUGGACGGACUGCACUGCAUGGAGCGGCCGAACUGGAGCACAGCGCUGCUCAAGCGCGUUGCCCCGAGCGUCGAGUGGCUGUGCGUUGGGAGCGCCCUCCGGGAACACCUCGAUGUGAUCAGGGACAUGUCAGCGCUGCGCUGCUUAUACGUUCAUCUGGGAACUUCUGUCAAGAAUGCUCCAGACCUGCCGCUUCAACUGCAGGAACUGGAGGUGCGGAACGUUGAAGUGGAACACCUCCAGUCGGUGCAGCGGAUGCCCAGGCUGCGGAAACUCACCUUGAGGUGGUACAGACACGGUGCGGUCGACGUGGCGUUCCCCCCUCUGCCCGCGGGUCACUGCGGCCUGCAGUGGCUCGAUGUCCGCCUCCAGCCGGUCUCCACCGCCCUCUCCCUGGCGGAGGCCCACGCCGCCACACUGCAGGAGCUGCGGAUUCUGUGCGCGUCCGAGGGAGACGAUCCGUGGCACUUCGAGGACCUGGCCGAGGGGCUGCGCCAGUGCGGGCUGGUGGCGCUGCGGCGCGUUGUGCUUGUGCGUAGACCCGCUCCAGACUACCCUGAUAAGAAGCUUCCUCACGCGUCAGAGUCGUGCCAAAAGCAGAAGCAGUCCGUCUGGGACAAACUAGUGCCGACGGACUCGGAGAAGCCGGUCAGAAUAGUGAAGGUGAUGUGCGAGGAUUGUGACGAGUGCCCCGCAUUCCCGCCUCUGGGAGACUUCACCUGGAAAGACGCAUAAGACAGUGCUUCGUCGCAAUUGAGAGUCUUUCUGUUUUUUAUCUUACUUAGAAUCAUGGCAUUGUUCGUAUCCAUUGAUAAAAACCCUCAGCCGAUUGUGGUUCACGUUUGUCAUGCUUGCUUCGUUCUGUGACUCCUCGUGUUGCCAUGGCAGUAGUGCUGACUUGUCCUUGCACAUCGCUGCCUGUGUGGUAUGGAACGGUGAUGCUCGUAACGACAUUACAUAAUGUAAUCUAAUGACCAAGAAAAUUCCUUCAAAUGGAUGUAACAAUUGUAUUUUCUUAGCUCCUUGUUAUUCGAAGUGAUUUUAUGUCGUUCUGUUUGGAUGCUGGUGUUUCCCAGAGUCUCUCUUGCGCUUCAUUCGUGGC